UUAACUUGUGAGAGACUAAUUGAGACUUCCAACAUUCCUCUAAUGGAAACUUUGGCAUAUCCAAAAUUACAAGAUGAUGCAAUGAGAGAACUCUAUGAAGCAUCAUUAAACGGAUGUGUAAAUACCUUAAACACACUGAUUCAAAGAGACCCUCUUAUUCUGAUCAGAGUUUCACUCUAUCCCUUCUCUGAAACCCCAUUACACAUAGCAUCUUUGCUUGGACACUUGGAGUUUUGUCAAGUUCUUCUUCUCAAAAACCCAAGUUUAGCCACUGAACUGAACUCAGAAGGACGUUGCCCUCUUCAUCUGGCUGCGGCUAAAGGGCACACUCAGAUUGUGAAAGCCCUUUUGCUCACAAACCAAGAAAUGUGUUUGGUUCGUGACAAAGAUGACAUGCUUCCUCUCCACUUUGCUGCAAUGAGAGGGCACGUGGAAGCCAUCAAGGAGUUGAUCAAAGCUAAGCCAGAUUCCAUUUGGGAGAUGACUGCGACUGAUGAUGGUUCUGUUCUUCACUUGUGCGUUCGCUAUAACCAUUUAGAGGCCUUGAAAUUGCUGGUGGAAUUAGUGAGAGGAGACCAUCAAUUCCUAUCAGCCAAGGACAAAGAGGAUUACACUGUUCUGCAUUUAGCGGUGAGACGCAGACAAAUCAAGAUAAUUAAAUACUUGCUUUCACUCUCCGAAAUGAGUACAGCAAUAAAUACUUUGAAUAAGGAGGGUUUAACAGUUAUGGAAAUUUUGAAGCGCUAUCCUAGAGAUUUUGUUAAUCUUACAAUUGAACACAUUUUAACUGAAGGAGUUCAAAAUGAAGUUAUUGCACAAGAACCAGUUUCGUCACCAACCCAAGUUAGCCAACAACAAACGAAACCAACGCCCUCACAAAACAUAGCUGUUGUAUUUGUGCAACAAGAGGCACACUCACCAAGCAACAAUGUCCCUCCACAAGCGCCAAACCUACCCUCACCAAACAACGGUCCUCAACAUGCAGAAUUCCCUUUAUCAAGCAAUGAUCCUGAACCAGCACAUCUAUCACCAAACAACGAUCCUCCACAACCAUCACCAAGCACUAGUCUUCAUACUCAACAAACACCAACCCCCUCACCAAACAAUGAUCCUUCACAAUCAUCAUCACCCUCAUCAUCAAGCAAUGGUCCUCUCCAACGUACAGUGACAUCAUCAAGCAUUCCUAAUAAUAAUAAUGAGAACAGUAGAUGGAACAGGUUAGAGAGUUUCUGCAGAACCUACUUGCUAAGCCAAGGUAACUUCAUAGACAAAAAGACAAGAGAGCAAUUGAUGGUGGCUGCAACUGUGAUUGCUACAAUGACUUUUCAGUCAGUGAUAAGUCCACCGGGGGGUGUAUGGCAAUCAGAUACAACAAGCGAUGGGCAUGCAUGCGUUGAGUAUGGUUUCUGUGAAGCAGGCACUGCGGUUGUAGGUUAUGCUUGGUCACCAGAUUUUAUAAAAUUCGUUUUCUUCAACACUGCUUCUUUCUUUUCAUCUCUGUGUGUGGUGUUGGUUCUCAUAAGCGGGUUUCCACUUGAGAACAAGGUCAUCAUGUGGGUAUUGGCUGUUUUGAUGAUAGUUUCCGCUUCGUGCAUGCUCCUCACGUACAUGUGGGCAUUGGGCUUGGUUAGCCCUAAUCAUAUUUACUAUAGGAUUCGUAAUAUGGGCUAUGUUUUGGUUGGUAGUUGGGCUUUCUUACUUGCACUUGUGGGCUUGAUUCAAGCAAGUCGAAUAAUGUUCUGGGCAAGGUCACGCCGCAAGUCCUCAAUAAAUGUUAUACCGAGUCACAGUUCUCCCUAG